AUGGGAUCCAACGUGCAGCUGGUAUGGCCAGAGUCAGAGGCAUAUGCGUCACGGGUGAACAACUGCUCACAUGCAAAUUCAACCCUAACUGCAAUUCGAGCGAAGUUGAGUGCGGAACAAUUAGAACAAUUCAAGACAUCAUGCUUUGGCCAUCUUCUGAAUAUAGACAAGAUUCAGUUUAGCGGGCAGAUUGUGCAUGGAGUUGUGUUGCGUCGAGUCGCGGGGCAGGGUGUGAAAGACUUGGAUGGACUGAGUUUCUUAAUAGGGUGCGACGUUGCUCAGUUUACUCGUCAGGAUUUCUGUUUGAUCUCGGGGCUUCGUUUUGGGGAAGUGCCUGAAGUUUCCAGUGGAGAAAGUGCUGAAAUUAGACUUCAGAAAAGAUAUUUUAUAGACGAAGGAAUUACAUGUAAUGCUUUAGAAGAAGCAUUUAUGAGGUGCAAAGAGGAAGAUGACAUCUACAAGCUAGCUCUUGUUUACUUUACUGAGUUAGUGGUUUUGGGAAGGGACAAGCAUUUGAACAUCAAUGUAAAUUACCUGACCCUUGUAGAGGACUUGGAUGCGUUCAACAGGUAUCCGUGGGGUUCGGUGUCCUUUGACAAAACCCAAGGCAGUCUAUUUUCUGCACCAACAAAGUAUACGAAAAGCUUUGAAAAUGAAGAGGGAAGAGAGAAGGGGAAAAGUAAGGUAACGGGAACAAGCCGAAAAAUGAGAAGGGCAAGAAGCAUAAGCAUGGUGAAGUGCAAAGGGGUGGGUGGAGUUUUAAAGGUUUCACGUAUGCUUCCAGUUACAUGGUAA